AUGGUCGCGUCUUCAAAGGGCAGCAAGAAGCUAGCGAAAAAAGCAGCUCCAAAGGAUGGACCAAAAAAGAGAAGAAAAAAACGUAAAGAAAGCUUUGGAAUUUACAUCUAUAAAGUCUUAAAGCAGGUUCACCCGGACACUGGAAUCUCAGCCAAAGCGAUGAGUAUUAUGGAUUCAUUCGUAAACGACGUCUUCGAGCGUAUCGCCAGUGAAGCUUCAAGAUUGGCGGGUUAUAAUAAGAGAUCUACUAUCAGCAGUCGUGAGAUUCAGACUGCUGUGAGACUAUUGUUACCAGGGGAACUGGCCAAGCAUGCCGUAUCGGAAGGAACGAAAGCAGUUACAAAGUAUACAAGCUCGAAAUAG